UGACACACUGAAGAGUCAACACAAUUCAGGAUCCUCUAAACUGUGUAAAACAAAACAGAGGAGAGAAAAUGUUAACGUGAUUAUCUCUGGGUGGAAAAAAAAAUGGACCCUCCGCCUCACAUUUUUGAAAACACCAGCAGCAGGGCUGCCACCAAUUUGGUCAUUCGAAGAAAAGGCGGGUCUCAGGAAUACCGAUGGCUGUCCUCCCUUUCCCCUUCAGAUGUCAGCCGCAUCUACUCCUGCUUUUGGAAAACCCCAGAGAAAACGGACCUGCCAGGCAGCCAACCAACCACCAGCCCCCGUGAAAGGCUGGAACCCAGCUGCCCAAUUCGGUUGCUCCUGUCCAAAGCCAGACAGGUUAAAGACGAGUUCACAGAUGGUAAAUCGCGUGGAGAGAAAUGAGCUGGAGAGUUACACCGAGUCAACGCGGGACACGGCUCCCGGCCCGGGCCGGGCCAGGGGUGGGAGGCGGUUCCCGACCGCAGGCGGCGGGACUCCCAAGCGCCGAGGGACCCAAGUCUCCACUCCACCCACACGCCCACCCGGCGUCGGGGCGCUGCGGCCUUGCCCCACGAGCCCAGCGCAGGCCGCAGCCUGGCCUGGGGAUCCGGCACCUGGGCAGGGUUUCCCACCGACGCCCGCUCGGAAGGCGAGAGCCCCCACGCGGCCCGGCGCGGCGCGGCCCCCGGGGACCGCGAGCAACAAAAGCCCGGCCCGCAGCCCCUGCUCCUCGCCUUCCUUUUCAAUUCUCCCCUGA